GCGUCUCGUGUGCUUCUUCUUCUUCUUCCUCUUCACACAAAGUCGUAGAAGUUUUCAGACGUGUCACAGCUGGAUGUGAGGAUGGGACCCACUUUCCUCUGUGAGCUGGGCCUAUUCUUUCUCUGUACGCUCCUCUGCAGCNGACACGCUCAAGAUGCUUUGCUAACUGUUGAACCCAGCUCGACCAUGUUCAUCGGAGAGACUGUUACCUUCAGAUGUGACAUGAAGGAAGGAAAACGCACUGACUGGGAAUACAAACUCAACAAGGAUGGUCGAGCCUUUAUCCCGUACAACACAUACAAAAAUUACAGAAAACAAAUUAAGUCUACCUCUGAUACUGGUAAAUACCAGUGCUUUGGUCAUAUGAAGAAAUCACAUUAUACAAAGAACAGUAAUACUGUCUCCCUAACUGUGCUGGCAGAUAAACCCAGGGCCACACUGACUCCAGGAUCAACUAUCAUACCAGUAGGGGGCAGUGUGACACUGAACUGCUCUGUGGGGAGCUCUGCUGGCUGGAAAUAUGAGUGGUUCAGACGUGACCAAAACACUGAAGAUCAAAUGACAACAGAUGAUCAACAAAACGGAGUAAUCAGAGUAUCUCAAGGAGGAAUCUACCACUGCAGAGGAAGAAGAGGAAACCCAGUUUACUACACUGAUAAAAGUGAUUAUGUCACCAUUGAGAUAACCUUUUCCAAUAAGGUUGUUGUUAAAGGACGACCCAGCUGGCCUCAGAUAUUCAGCAGUGAGACGAUCAGUCUGACAUGUGAGGUGCAGGAAGGAGGUGAAACCACUGAGUGGGAGUAUAGAUGGAGAGGACCCAACCAGACCACACAGUGGACUCACAGUAAUUACUGGAUAUUCAAUGUUUCUGAGUCCAGCAGUGGAGACUACACGUGUAAGAGUCAACGCAGAGGUGACUCAUAUUCUUCAACAAAGUGGAGUGAAGCCUUCAACUUGUCAGCAUCAAGUAAACCCAGGGCCACACUGACUCCAGGAUCAACUAUCAUACCAGUAGGGGGCAGUGUGACACUGAACUGCUCUGUGGGGAGCUCUGCUGGCUGGAAAUAUGAGUGGUUCAGAUGUGACCAAAACACUGAAGAUCAAAUGAGAGCAGAUGAUCAACAAAACAGAGUAAUCAGAGUAUCUCAAGGAGGAAUCUACCACUGCAGAGGAAGAAGAGGAAACCCAGUUUACUACACUGAUAAAAGUGAUGAUGUCACCAUUGAGAUAACCACUGUGCUCAGUUCGGAGAGCUCUUCAUUUCUAAUGAUCGUUGGACUAAUUUCUGGAAUCACAUUAAUUUUCCUCCUGCUGUAUUACUGCAAGUCCAAAGAGCACCGUGGUGACCCAGAGGAGAGCUCUGACUAUUAUAAUGUCAAUCCAAAUUCAACCCCAGACGUGUCACAGCUGGAUGUGAGGAUGGGACCCACUUUCCUCUGUGAGCUGGGCCUAUUCUUUCUCUGUACGCUCCUCUGCAGCGGACACGCUCAAGUUCCUGUGCUAACUGUUGAACCCAGCUCGACCAUUUUCAUCGGAGAGACUGUUAGCUUCAAAUGUGACAUGAAGGAAGGAAAACAUACUGACUGGGAAUACAAACUCCUAAAGGAUGGCCUAGAAAUUUUAAACUCCAAGACAAAGAAAGACCUCAGAUUAAAAAUUGCAUCUACAGCUCAGAGUGGUAAAUACAGCUGCUCUGCUCACAGGACGAGAUACCAGAAUACAAAGAACAGUAACACUGUCUCUGUAACUGUGAAGGCAGGUAAACCCAGGGCCACACUGACUCCAGGAUCAACUAUCAUACCAGUAGGGGGCAGUGUGACACUGAACUGCUCUGUGGGGAGCUCUGCUGUUCUCUGUACGCUCCUCUGCAGCGGACACACGAAAGAUGCUUUUCUAACUGUUCAUCCCAGCUCGACCUUGUUCAUCAGAGAGACUGUUAGCUUCAAAUGUGACAUGAAAGAAGGAAAACACACUGACUGGGAAUACAAAAUUAUCAAGGAUGGUCGAGAAAUUUUAAACUCCAACACAAACAAAGACCUCAGUAUAAAAAUUGCAUCUACAGCUCAGAGUGGUAAAUACACCUGCUCUGCUGACAACAAGAGAUACCAGAAAACAAAGAACAGUAACACUGUCUCUGUAACUGUGAAGGCAGGUAAACCCAGGGCCACACUGACUCCAGGAUCAACUAUCAUACAUGUAGGGGGCAGUGUGACACUGAACUGCUCUGUGAGGAGCUCUGCUGGCUGGAAAUAUGAGUGGUUCAGACGUGACCAAAACACUGAAGAUCAAAUGAGAACAGAUGAUCAACAAAACAGAGUAAUCAGAGUAUCUCAAGGAGGAAUCUACCACUGCAGAGGAAGAAGAGGAAACCCAUUUUACUACGCUGAUAAAAGCGAUGAUGUCACCAUUAAGAUAACCUUUUCUAAUAAGGUUGUUGUAAAAGGACGACCCAGCUGGCCUCAGAUAUUCAGCGGUGAGACGAUCAGUCUGACAUGUGAGGUGCAGGAAGGAGGUGAAACCACUGAGUGGGAGUAUAGAUGGAGAGGACCCAACCAGACCACACAGUGGACUCACAAUAAUUACUGGAUAUUCAAUGUUUCUGAGUCCAGCAGUGGAGACUACAUGUGUAAGAGUCGACGCAGAGAUGACUCAUAUUCUUCAACAAAGUGGAGUGAAGCCUUCAACUUGUCAGUAUCAAGUAAACCCAGGGCCACACUGACUCCAGGAUCAACUAUCAUACCAGUAGGGGGCAGUGUGAUGCUGAACUGCUCUGUGGGGAGCUCUGCUGACUGGAAAUAUGAGUGGUUCAGACGUGACCAUAAUUCCACUGAAGUUCAAAUGAGAACAGAUGAUCAACAAAACAGAGUAAUCAGAGUAUCUGAAAGAGGAAUCUACCACUGCAGAGGAAGAAGAGGAAACCCAGUUUACUACACUGAUAAAAGUGAUGAUGUCACCAUUAAGAUAACCUCAGUGCCCAGGACUGGAAACUCUUCAUUUCCUGCUCUGUUGAUCGUUGGACUCAUCUGUGGACUUUUACUGAUUCUUCUUCUGCUGUUGUGUCGCUUCAAACAGUCAAAGGAUUCAUGCUUUGCCAGCACAAAUCAAACCAUAAACCACACGAUCAACCAGGAUGAAGCUCGAGACAGCCAACAUGCUUCUCCUCACCAAGGUGAUGCUUGUCUCUAUGAAUCAGUCAAAGACCACGAUGACACAAAAAAUGUUGAAUCUGGGGAUGUCACAUAUUCUUUGAUUGAGUUUAAAAACAUCACUCAGAAAGAUGAGAGCCUGUUGUAUGCAGAGGUCUCCCACAAGAGAGCUAAAGCCAAGAGAAACAAGGAAAAAUCAGCCUCUGCAGUCAUUUAUUCUGAAGUCAAGUCACAACCAGCUCUUGAUAACAGCUCUGUUGUAUGCAGAGGUCUCCCACAACAGAGCUAAAGUCAAGAUACAUAAAGGAAAAUCAGACUCUGCAGCAGCUGAUGAAGCAGUUUAUUCUGAAGUCAAAUCAAAACCAGCUCUUAGUAGUACAGAAAUAAAAUAGCUUACAUACUGUGAUUUGUUGUUGUAAUAAUUAACUCAAUAAACUGAGUCCCAAAUCACCUUUAAACACUGAAUAAUUCUGCAUCGAUUCUUCUAGAUCAUGUGUCUGCAAAAGCAACUAAAUGUAGCAAAAGCAAAAUUUAAUUCAUUUGAAUUUAACAGCACUGGAAGAAAGAAGAACAACGACAAAAGUAGAUUUCAACUUUUUUAUGAAAGGUUUUCUUUCAUUGAAAAAUAGGCAGCAGCAGCAAGUGAUAGUGUGGUGUUAGGAUCAGGAUCUUUCCACUUUCACACAAGCAUUUAUUGAACUGCAUAUUGUAAACAUACACAGCAGACCCAGUGGCAUUUUGAUCACUUGUAUUAAUACUUUGACGGUUGCUGGACACACACACACUGCAGCUCAACACAACAACUACAACAACACCGUUAACCAAAACUCUGAACUUUUAAGCCGGCGAGGCGUGAUUGCAGACGCCGCGCAGGUGUGUACAUCGCACCUGCAGCAGCAUCGUAAACCACGCCCCACCACACAUGUAUUGUUACAUCUAUAUUUACAGAUCUUUCCU